GAAUCACAGCAUUAUAUGUGCUUGCAGAGAGAGAGGAGCAAGGAAGGGGGGAAAUCUCAGCGCGCUCACCUCAGAAGCGGGGAGAGCAGGAAGCUGAGCCGGCUCAAGAGCCUCCCUUCCCGGGAGCAGUGUCAGCUCGCGCGGCCCCUUGGGGCGGCGGAACCAUUGUCAGCCCGGCAGAGCCCCCGGGCGGAAGCUGAAAACCGGGGCACCACGUGCCGGGUGCGUUUCCAUGGUAACCAGCGCGGCGUCCAGGGGAGGAACAUGUCGGCCGGGGAUGAAGGGUCCGGGCCGCGCUUCGCUUUCCGCCAUCUCCCGCAGAAAACCCUCCCCGCCCUGGAGAACGGGGACACGCAGGGCCGGCUCCGCAAGUGGUCCAUGCAUGGCAGAAUCACUGCGCAAGCAUUCAGUUUUGACCAACAUUUUAAGGCCUAUCAAAAGGAUGAAUUUGUUAAGGCAUUUUUUAAUGAUCCAAAUGUUAGCGCCAAUUUGAAGUUGCUUACAGCUUCUGGACAGUGGACUACAUUAGGUACCAAAGUGAAAAAAACUGAAGCCACGGUUGUUCCCUGUACACAAGUUUCCAUGUCAUUUUUUGACCGACUGUACUCUGAAGGAGUUGUUAGAGAAACUGGCUAUAUUGUUAAGUGUUAUGAUGACUAUUAUGAUGGCAUUCCCAUCUCAGAUGAGUUAAGAAAGGUUUUGCUUCUGGAAGAUUCUGACCAUUUUGAUUUAUUCAGCCAGUCAAAUCGUGAGGAGUUUCUCUUCUGUCUUUUUAAGCAUCUUUGCCUUGGAGGAACACUCUGUCAAUUUGAAGAUGUGCUUGGUCCAUACUUAGAAACUACAAAGGCUUUAUAUAAAGAUCUUGUAAGUGUUCAAAAGGAUCCUGAAACAAAGGAAAUAAUUAUUACAUCAACUAUUUUCAAAGUUUCUGCAUAUGCCAGCACUGAUGGGGGGUCAGCAGGAGCCUUGACUCCACAACAUGUCCGAGCUCAUUCCUCUCCAGCUUCGCUGCAGCUUGGAGCUGUCUCUCCAGGGACACUUACCGCCUCUGGAGUAGUGACUGGUCCUGGAGCUGCACCUUCUUCUCAACAUCUCCGCCAGUCUUCAUUUGAGAUUCCUGAUGAUGUACCUCUGCCACCAGGUUGGGAGAUGGCUAAGACGCCAUCUGGCCAGAGAUAUUUUCUGAAUCACAUUGAUCAAACAACAACAUGGCAAGACCCUAGGAAGGCGAUACUUUCACAGAUGAAUGUUACAGCCCCCACCAGUCCUCCAGUGCAACAGAACAUAAUGAAUUCAGCAUCAGGCCCACUCCCUGAUGGAUGGGAACAAGCCAUGACCCAGGAUGGAGAAAUUUACUACAUAAACCAUAAGAACAAGACCACAUCUUGGCUAGACCCAAGGCUUGACCCACGCUUUGCUAUGAAUCAGCGCAUCAGCCAAAGUGCUCCAGUGAAACAACCACCCCCACUGGCUCCUCAGAGUCCUCAAGGUGGAGUGAUGGGCGGGGGCAGCUCCAAUCAGCAGCAACAGAUGAGACUGCAACAGCUGCAGAUGGAGAAAGAGAGGCUGCGACUGAAGCAUCAAGAACUGCUUCGGCAGGUGAGGCCACAGGCAUUGCGGAAUAUCAAUCCCAGCACAGCAAAUUCUCCAAAACGUCAGGAGUUAGCUCUCCGUAGCCAACUUCCAACUAUGGAACAAGACGGUGGCUCUCAAAAUCCAGUGUCAUCUCCUGGAAUGUCUCAGGAACUGAGAACAAUGACUACAAAUAGUUCUGAUCCCUUUCUUAACAGUGGGACAUAUCACUCCAGAGAUGAGAGCACAGACAGUGGCCUCAGCAUGAGCAGUUAUAGUGUACCCAGAACCCCCGAUGACUUCUUGAACAGCGUUGAUGAAAUGGAUACAGGCGAUAUCAGCCAAAGUAACAUACCUUCCCAUCAGAACCGUUUCCCAGAUUACCUUGAAGCCAUUCCAGGGACAAACGUGGACCUUGGGACACUGGAAGGAGAUGGGAUGAAUAUAGAAGGAGAGGAACUGAUGCCAAGUCUGCAGGAGGCUUUGAGUUCUGACAUCCUUAAUGAUAUGGAGUCUGUGUUGGCAGCCACCAAACUAGAUAAAGAGAGUUUUCUUACUUGGUUGUAGAGGCCUCAGGGAGACUGCAUUGUAAAUCUGUGAAGGAUCUAAGGAGAUAAGACAUCUGUGCCUGAAGUUCAAAACAAGCCAAUGUGGCAUACUUUUGGUUUGUGGUCAGAAAAAGUAAAUGAACAAAUAUUCAACAAGAUUCUUUCAUCCAACAUUUUGCUCUUCCUUGUCCAUCGCUGCUGUUAUAGAUUGCUGACCUCUCUCACAGUUGACUCUGAAGAAUAGACAUCUUUGUGAUCUUUUUCUAUUGAUGUUUCAACUACUGUUCAAUUGGGGGCAGGGGGAUGAUGAGCCUGUUUGGAUGACGAAUGCCAUUCCUUUUGUACUAAUAUGCGCUUGCAUAUCAUUUUAUCUAAGGACUUAGAUUUGUGAGUUAACAUCUGCAUGUCACCACUUGUAGUUUGCUCAGCUAGUUGUCUCCUCUGCUGCCUGUGGCAAGUGGUAAAACACAACUUACCGGUCUGAAAAGCCCAAAAAAGAUGUAUCUGGUCAAAAGAAGUCAAUACUGAUUUGCAGAUAUAGCGCAAAGGAGGGCUGAAGACUGUUUGACAUUUAGUGUUUGUUACUGCUAGCUCUUCUGUUAGGCAACAGAAUGUUCUUGUUCAUAUUUUAUGGUAUAGUAAAUCAUGAGUCAUUUUAUAUAGAAACUUAUAUCAACUUUGAUUUUUACCACAUACUCUAGGCUAACUUUUGUCAGUCAAAAACCAGAGGAGUUUUGGUUUUGUUUUGUUAGUGAAUUUAAUUAUAGAUGUAGCUUGGAAAGUAAUUGUAGGUGUUCUUUUUUUAAUAGUGAAAUCUAAAUUUUCUGAUUUCACAUAGUCUUAUUUAAGUCUCAAUUGUCUGCUUUUUUAUAUAUCUAAAAUGUCUGUUUUAGCUAAAUAGCUAGUGAGUACAUAUGGUUUUAUGUUUUGCCUGUAACUUUUAUUUUUAAAGGCUAGCUUUGAAUGUAAUCAUUAGAAUAAAUGACCAGUGGCUUAUUUUUCAUGUCUCCUUGCAAGAAUUUGAAACUAGUAUCUGGUUGCAGGACUUUGAGACUGAAGUGUCAUAUCUAAGCUUUUAUAAUGCCUUUUAAAGUAGCGGAAACCAUACACUACAUGUUUUAAUUGACUGUUACAAGUAAUUUCUUUGGGUUAGCUUUCAGUUUUGAUUAAAUCAGUGAGUUUAGAUUGUGAAGUCCAUGAUGGGAGAAAGCUUAAUGAAAAGUCUUCCCUUAAUUAGCAUGGAAAAAUCAUCUAAAUUGUCAUCUCACUUUCUACUGUAAUGAAAACACUAAAAAAAAAAAUAAGACUGUCCUAAACAAAAUAAGUAUUUAGUUCUGUGUGGUGAAAAAUAAGCCCUGGACACUAUGUGUAGAAGACUGUAAAGAUAUGUGUUAGAUGGUGACAUGAGCAGGUAAUGAAGUGUAUAUUAGUAGAGUUUAGUGCAGGGGUAGAGAUGAAUAUGACUUACCUAUAUUUUAACAGGGAAAGAUGUAACACUAAAUCAUCUGCAGGAGUUGACACAGUUUCCAAAGAGUAUUUUUAAAUGAACAAAAUGAGCAUGAAUCAAACUUUCAAUAUAAGCUAUGAAGUAAUUUUUGAUAAAAAUAGUGGCACCAGCUAGCACCUCUGUAAUUAAGGGUUUGGCGGUCUGUCAGCAUUCACAUAAGUCCUUAUUUUCAAGGGUUUAUAACUGGACCAUAAAAAGACUUCAGGUCUGAAACUUGGUAUGAGAAGUCUCAGCCUGAAAAGAAUUUUUUUAAAGAAAUUGUUUUUAAAGGGCUUGACCAUUGUUUAAGAUAUAGGAGUAAAUUGAAAAAAAACAAGAAUGGACUGAGUUGUCUUUCAGUUCUUCUAUGCUCCAAAAACUUUAAAUGGCUGUAUUUUAUAAUAAUUUGUAGACUGUUAACCUAGAAGGACUCUUUGGUUCUGGAGUUUUAAAAUUUGCUUUAAAAAUUAAAGCAACAGAAAUUGAGAUGUGAAAAAUUGCUACUAAGUAUACACAUUUACUGUUUCUCAUAAGGAUUUUAGUACGCAGAACUUACAAAAGCAUAUGUGGAUUGUUGCAGAGUAUGGUUUUUAAAAUGUUGAUUCCCACUGUGGCAUCUUAACAGCAGUCACAUUGUACUAUACCAAUAGUCCACAGAUUAGUAAGCCAUUUACAUGCGCAAUAACAGAAACAGCCCUUGGAACAGUAAAUUGUGUCCAUAAUAGGGAUUAUAGGAGCAUCUCACACUCCCAUUAAAAGUUCUUCCCUCUUUCCUUCCACCACUUAAAAAAAGAUAUUUUAAAAGACACUACAUUGUUUAAAAUAACUUGAAUGGUCUGACAUAAAACCACAAAAGCAAGGAAAUUCAGAGUUUUGAUGAGCGUGGGUCAAGUUUGUUUGUUUUUUUCCUUGCUUUUAUGUGUUUCUCAUAGCUUUAACUUUGGAAUGUUUUCUUAUUGUAAAAACUCUAAAUAGCGUAUACUAUAUUUGGAUAGCACUGCUGGGGUAGGUACUGACAAACUGGGAAUUCUUGAAUUGCUCUGACAGUAAACCUGUUUUGUGAUUCUUUAAUCAACUUUAAGACAUUUCCGUUCUCUUCCAUGUAUUAGGGAAUGUUUAGAGAUGCUGUACUGUUGGCAACUGAAACUGAUUUGGAUUUUAUUCUGCAAAAGCAGAAGUGAUGAAGUGGUUAAAAUUUGUUUGAUCUACAAGAGUGUGUUGGGUAGUAUUUUAUACUGAUUGAUGUAUAUAUUUAAACAACAAAAAUCAUUGUCCUGAUGUUAUAGUUUCUAGAUUUAAGUAUACUGUGUUCAGAAUACAGAGGAGGCAUAUUAACUCUACCGUGCUAUGGCAGUACCUUAGCUGACAAAUGCUUUGGAACAGGCUACAGUGUCAGUAAAUCACAUGGAUCAAAAAUUGUACCAAUCAGUGUUGGAACUGAAGCAAUGCAAAAGAAGAAGAGACAAUUUCAACAGGAUUAACACUUUACAUAGCUUUUGCACAUCUGGUGAAUUAGUACUAAAGUGACUUUUCACUUGCAAGCAUGGUUUUUAUACAAAUAGCCAGUGUGCCUGUCUAAAAUAAUUACUUGUUUUUCUGUAUCUUGAAAAAGUACUCUCCACAUUUUAAAUGUUCUAUAUUAGAGAACUCUUAAAUGCACCCUUGUCAAAAAAAUAUAUAUAGUUAUCCAUGUUACUUUUUAGAUAUAAGAGCAUGCCUGUUAGGUGCCUAAGUAAAUUCUGUUACAUUAUUUUUCUUUAUGUAAUACUUUUUCAGUUGUUUUAUGUGAUAUAAAUAUAUACUUUGUGCUUAAAACAUCUUGUUUGUUUUUACAUUUAAUAGUAGAUAAAGCUAUUUGAUUGCCUUAAAUCAGGCAAACAAAUUGGAAUUGUUUUUUUGUUGCAUUGCGGUUUUUGUCUGUUCUCUUAAUCCCCAUAUAACAUUUUUUGUAAUUAUAGGCUCCAGUCCUGCAAACGCUUACACACAAGCUUAAUUUUAACCGUGAGUAGUCCAUUGAAGUCAGUGAAACUACUAGAGUGUUUAAAGUUAAAAAUGUGACCAAAUGUUUGCAAGAUUGGAGUCAUGCUGGAAGGGCAUAAUGAAUGGGGUCCCGCAGGGAUCAGUUCUGGGUCCAGUUCUGUUCAAUAUCUUUAUCAGUGAUUUAGAUAAUGGCAUAGAGAGUACACUUAUAAAGUUUGCGGACGAUACCAAGCUGGGAGGGGUUGCAAGUACUUUGGAGGAUAGGAUUAAAAUUCAAAAUGAUCUGGACACACUGGAGAAAUGGUCUGAAGUAAACAGGAUGAAAUUCAAUAAGGACAAAUGUAAAGUACUCCGCUUAGGAAGGAACAAUACAAAAUGGGAAAUGAGUGCCUAGGAAGGAGUACUGUGGAAAGGGAUCUGGGGGUCACAGUGGAUCACAAGCUAAAUAUGAGUCAACAGUGUAACGCUGUUGCAAAAAAAGCAAACAUCAUUCUGGGAUGUAUUAGCAGGAGUAUUGUAAGUAAGACACAAGAAGUAAUUCUUCCGCUCUACUGUGCUCUGAUUAGGCCUCAACUGGAGUAUUGUGUCCAGUUCUGGGCACCACAUUUCAGGAAAGAUGUGGACAAAUUGGAGAGAGUCCAGAGAAGAGCAACAGAAAUGAUUAAAGGUCUAGAAAACAAUAUGACCUAUGAAGGAAGAUUGAAAAAAUUGGGUUUGUUUAGUCUGGGGAAGAGAAGACUGAGGGGGGACAUGAUAACAGUUAUGUAAAAGGUUGUUACAAGGAGGAGGAAGAAAAAUUGUUUUUCUUAACCUCUGAGUAUAGGACAAGAAGCAAUGGGCUUAAAUUGCAGGAAGGGAGGUUUAGGUUGGACAUUAGGAAAAACUUCCUAACUGUCAGGGUGGUUAAGCACUGGAAUAAAUUGCCUAGAGAGGUGGUGGAAUCUCCAUCAUUGGGGAUUUUUAAGAGCAGGUUCGACAAACACCUGUCAGGGAUGGUCUAGAUAAUACUUAGCCCUGCCUUGAAUGCAGGGGACUGGACUAGAUGACCUCUCAAGGUCCUUUCCAGUUCUAUGAUUUUAUGGAAAGAUUGGGGGGAAAUCACUCAUAACUUGCGUAAAACAAUAUGUUAAAAGAGCAAAAUAACAUACUAUAUUUGAUAGCCCCUGAAGGUUAGUAAGAAUCUUAUCCAUUAUGAGAAAUUUUCCCCUUAAUUUUAGAUGUUUCUGAUGUUCAGGAUUUUCCUGCAUAGUGUGAAUAUUUCUUUUGGCUAACUCUAGGCUUGCAUCAUAUGGCAGACAACUAGUAAAGACACUGUUUUCAAUUUCAGGUUCUGAGCUAUGGUUUCUGAAAUAUACAUAUAACAGACUUUCUUGAAGAUGUUUUCCAGUUUAAUUUCACUUACAGAUUGUUUGUAGGGCUCUUGAAUUUUGGUAUUCUUUUACUUUUUUAAAAUGGAAGAUCUGAAUGACUUCUGUGUAAUGUGAUUCUUCACACCUAUAGUCUUUAUACAUAAACUUUCCUUAAGCCUUUGCUUUUAGCAAUCCAGAGUUCCUGGUGUUCAGCAUGGAAGUGUAGUAACAGCCCUUAACAUUAAAUGGAGUUUUGUGCUUCUCUCCAUUAGAGGUCCAGAGCCUUCUACUUGACCUCAACCACCAAUGGUCUGCCAUCUACCCUAAGUUCAGUGCUGGGGAUAAUCGUGCAAGUUUUUAUAAACUUUAAAGUUUUAAUCAGCCCAUCAUACCAUACACCUGGAAGUGAACUGGGAGCCAGUAGAGAGCAUGGAGCACAGGUUUUAUGUGCUAAUAGUAGCCUGCCCUGUAUAAAAGGUAAUGACAUACUACACUAACCGAAGCUUGAGUAGUCUUAAAGGCAGCCCUAAAUAGAAUGUAUUGCAAUAGUGCAGGAUAGACUCCAGUGUUCUAAAAUGCUUUUUAAAAAAAAUUUUCUACACUUGACUAUGAACAAAAGUGCUGGUUUUAUUCUGCCUGGAAUAAAAUGUUUCAAGGGGGCUUUGGGUCUUCAGUGUGCUGAUAUCCAGGGCAUAGUGCAGCAGGUUGGUUUUCAUCUGGGAUUAUUUAGAAAGAAAAUUCAGUUUGGCUUGGGCUAUGAUCCACCAUGAUUUUCUGGGGACCUGUUUUGAGGUAGAGUAGAGCUCACUCACGGUUAAUCUCUGGAUGUAGUUGUGACUGCAGAGAAGCAAGUACUGUGUUAUAGCUUCAUUUUGAUGAGUGAAAGGUAUGUGUCACCCCAUUUCAGCACCUUUUAUUAUUGUUGAAGAUCAGUUUGUCUGAAGUCUCUGUAUAUCUAGAUAGCAUCAAAAUGGGAAAAUAUCUGUUGCACACAGAGUGAUUAACUUUCCAGUGUUGUGAGUAAGAUGGCAUAGUCAACAGAAUCUGAAGAACUAGCUUGUCUUAGGGUAUGUCUACACUAUGAAAUUAGGUCGAAUUUAUAGAAGUCAGUUUUUUAAGAAGCAAUUUUAUACAGUCAAUUGUGUGUGACCCCACGAAGUGCAUAAGGUCGGCGGAGUGCGUCCACAGUACCAUGGCUAGCGUCCACUUUCGGAGUGUUGCACUGUGGGUAGCUAUCCCACAGUUCCCACAGUCUCCGCCACCCAUUGGAAUUCUGGGUUAAGCUCCCAAUGCCUGAUGGGGCAGAAACAUUGUCACGGGUGGUUUUGGGUACAUGUCAUCAGUCGUCCCUCCCUCCGUGAAAGCAACGGCAGGCAAUCGUUUUGCGCCUUUUUUCCGUGCACUCACCAUACUGCUUUCAGCAGAUGGUCCAGUAGACUGCUAACUGUUGUCAUCGAACCACCGCUUCCACUGCAAUUCUGCUCUCCUGCUCUUGCCUCGAUAGCUAAUUUCUCCAUGUUGGCUGUCAUGGGCUCCCGCUUCCGCUGCAGCUCUGCUCUCCUGAAUCCACCUCACACAUCAUCAGCCACUGCUUCCACUGCAACUCUUCUUUCCUGCUCUCCUACAGACGCCAUACCACGGCAAGCGUCCAGCCCGCUCAGCUCACCUACACCGCCGCUGCUGUGUCCUGGUGCUGCUGGCAGCAGACGGUGCAGUAGGCCUGCUAACCAUCGUCAUCCACCGCUUUUGCUGCAACUCUGCUCUCCUGCAGAUGCCAUACCACGGCAAGCAUGGAGCCCACUCAGAUCACCGCAGCAGUUAUGAGCAUUGUAAACACCUUGUGCAUUAUCCUGUAGUAUGUUAAGAACCAGAAACUGCAAAACCAGGCGAGGAGGCGACGGCAGUGUGGUGACGAGAGUGAUGAGGACAUGGACGCAGACUUCUCUCAAAGUACAGGCCCUGGCAAUUUGGACAUCCUGGUGGUAAUGGGGCAGGCUCAUGGAGUGGAACGCAGAUUCUGGGCCCGGGAAACAAGCACACGCUGGUGGGACUGCAUAGUGUUGCAGGUCUGGGAUGAUUCCCAGCGGCUGUGAAACUUGCAUGCGUAAGGGCACUUUCAUGGAACUUUGUGACUUGCUUUCCCAUGCCCUGAAGAGUAAGAAUACCAAGAUGAGAGCAGCCCUCACAGUUCACAAAUGAGUGGCGAUAGCCCUCUGGCAGCUUGCAACGCCAGACAACUACCGGUCAGUCAGGAAUCAAUUUGGAGUGGGCAAAUCUACUGUGGGGGCUGCUGUGAUGCAAGUAGCCAACACAAUCAAAGAUCUGCUGUUAUCAAGGGAAGUGACUCUGAGAAAUGUGCAGGUCAUAGUGGAUGGCUUUGUUGCAAUGGGGUUCUCUAACUGUGGUGGGGCCAUAGACGGAACACAUAUCUCUAUCUUGGGACCGGACCACCUUGGCAGCCAGUACAUAAACCGCAAGGGGUACUUUUCAAUGGUGCUGCAAGCACUGGUGGAUUACAAGGGAUGUUUCACCGAUGACAACACAGGAUGGCCGGGAAAGGUACAUGACGCUUGCAUCUUCAGGAACUCUGGUCUGUUUGAACAGCUGCAGGAAGGGACUUACUUCUCAGACCAGAAAAUAACCACUGGGGAUGUUGAAAUGCCUAUAGUUAUCCUUGGGGACCCAGCCUACCUCUUAAUGCCAUGGCUCAUGCCAUACACAGGCACCCUGGACACUAGUAAGGAGCAGUUCAACUAUAGGCUGAGCAAGUGCAGAAUGGUGGUAGAAUGUGCAUUUGGAUGCUUAAAAGUUUACUGACUUGGUUAGAUCUCAGUGAAACCAAUAUUCCCUUUGUUGUUGUUGCUUGCUGUGUGCUCCACAAUAUCUAUGAGAGUAAGCGGGAGACGUUUAUGGCAGGGUGGGAGGUUGAGACAAGGUGCUUGGGCGCUGAUUACGUGCAGCCAGACACCAGGGUGGUUAGAAGAGCACAGGAGGGCGCGCUGCGCAUCAGAGAAGCUUUGAAAACCAGUUUCAUGACUGGCCAGGCUACGGUGUGAGAGUUCUGUUUGUUCAUCCUCCUUGAUGAAACCCCCCCCCCUUGGUUGACUCUACUUCCCUGUAAGCCAACCGCCCUCCCUCCUUCGAUCGCCUCUUGCAGAGGCAAUAAAGUCGUUGUUUCAAA